GACAACUCAAACGUUCUCCUGACUUACAGAUUAUUCCCCCAGAUCUUGGGGAUCUUGGGGCUCUUGGUGGAAUGAUGUACAUGAAAGUAUGGACUCCACUGGGGUAUACGAGCGUAUGGAGUAGAUAUCUACGAAGUACUCAACCAAACAAACGGUGGCUGCCUUUCCAUGGUGAUGAUAUCAAAACGAUUUCAAUACGGAGUACAGCACCAGUGCAGCACGAGUCCACUGAGGACUAGCUGACUCAACACGACGAUUCAACGCACAAACUAACCCAAGGCUCCACCGCCAUCGGUUCCAUUUGUUUGAAGUACAAGCCUGUCGAGCCUUCCUUGACUACUUCGGCGAUUCAAGGAAACCAGUAAUCCAUCUGCUCUUCUACCAGUUCAACAAUACUCGUACAUACCUCCGUACGUGCUUCGCAUUGUAGAGGUACUGUGGCGUGCAGGAUUUGAUAUUUGAUAUCCUAGCACUCGGCUGGCACCUCCACAUGCUUCUCUAUAUUAAAACGCUGAUCUUAAUCUUGGCACCUUUCAAGAAGAUUCUUCGACUUCGAAACCAGCGUAUUACGGUUUCAGACGGACAGCAUCAGAAAGAAGUCCAUAUACUAAGAGAUACCAAGCAAUACCAAGACCCGCCUAAAGGGGAAGAGCUCGUGCCAUCGAACCCCAUCUGGAUCCACGGCAGUCACGGCGUGCCUAUGAUUUUCCAUGGCAGCGACCUUGAGACUUCUGGGCGUGAUUUUGGGACAAGCAAAUUGUUUCACGGACUGCUUAACGCCACAUUCAUAUUCAGGCCGACUGUACCUCUGAGGUCUUUCGAAACCUCGGAUUUCUACUGAGAUGUCUUGGUAUUUUGAGGAUUUCUUUUUCAUCGCCCCGAUUUUGAUGCGAUGGGUGAUUGACGUUGGCAAGGCUUAUGGGGAGGAGUCCCGCCGAUGAGGUUUGCGGGGUGGGAGCAUGAGUGGAUAACGGGAGAAGAAGAAAUUAUGGGGGGGGGAAGUUACAGCCUAGAUUUUAUUUUGGGUUGAAUAGUGGAUCUGCGAAAAAUCUGAACUAAGGGCUAAAGCAAGCAAUGGAUGCAAGUUGGCGAUAACCUCCACCAAGCAAUGGAUGCAAGUUGGCGAUAACCUCCACCUAGCCUAUUCUGUAAGUUACGAGUAUGCUCUGGUAAAUUGCCAGCGAGUGCUGCAUUCUUCUCAUCCAGCCAUUCAAUUCCCCUAUCCACCUCCAACCAAAAAAUACGCAGCGGUUCCCGGGGGAUAAAUUCCUUGCAGUUGUCAAAGGUCCGAUCGCAAUUGGUUUCGAACCAUCGCUAAAGAUCUGCCCUUGCGAAUCUACGACCCUGGCCGUUUCAUAAUGACACGGAAGGGGUCAAGACCAAAAUCAUGCCUCGCUGGUUUUUAAUGGAUAGAAAGCCCAUCGAGCCAGUGGAUUUCAUUUCUGGAACUUUUACUUUGAUCUUCUUCAGUGUGGUCUGCGACUCCUUUCUUCUCUCGAUACCCGUUUUUUCCCAUUCAUAUACAGAGUACUUUCAUCCGACGACACCCAUUCGAUUCUCGCACCAGUUGCAGCAAAAUAUUAAUUGAAGAAAAUUCGUUCAAGAUGCCUUUCAAAUUAUUACUUCCUCUCCGAAUUGCCCAAUUCGUCUUUUCGAUCAUAGUUCUUGGACUGUCUUCAUAUGGUACGGUUUUCGUUGGGCGGAAUAGGCGAGAGUGAGAAUAUGUUGACUAAUAUUGAUUUUAGUCUCCCACUGGUAUGAUGUCGAUACUUUAACAUCAUCGCCUUCUCAGGUCAAUUUCCUGGUCUUCGUACCAGUCUUCUCCUUCAUCUCCAUGAUCUACCUCGAAGUCGUCCCCCGUUUCAUGCAGAAGGGUAAGCCAGUCCAUAAGAAAGAUGGACGAGAAAAGACUAACAGUAUCACAGCAUCUCACCCAUAUGCCCACCUCGGAUUCGAGUUCCUUAAUACCCUCUUCUACUUCGCUGGCUUCAUCGCCCUCGCUGUCUUCAUCGGCAAACUCCUCUUCUGCCGCGGCUCCGUUUGCGCAGCUGCACGAGCAGACGCUACUUUCGCAGCAUUCAGCUGGCUCCUUUGGACCGCUAGUACCGUCAUCGUUGCUCUCCAAAUCUUCAAGGGUGGAAUGAACUUGAGGAACGAGAAGACCAGCAACAUGAGCCAGGUCCCAUCUCAGGUGUCAAUGCCAUAGCUCUCAAACAAGCAACUCAACGAUCGAAUCCGAGUAUGGGAGGAAAGUCGCGAGUUGGUUUAGAUCUCGACACAUUAAGAAAAAUGUGGUACAUAAAAACAGAUGGACUUGGUGUUGGUGUAUAUGGUAUAUGGGGAUAUGGAUUUACAUGAUCAAAUGGUGGAUGGAUGGAGUUUUUUAGAGCCAAAAAGAGACCUUGAUGGUUUCUCGAUCACAACGCAGCAAGUGUUCCUUUUCGAGGAUAUUUUGCUUACGGGUUGUUUUCGCUUCAUCAUCAGUAAUCGCACUUUCCACGUUGUUGCAUUUUUCUACGAGUUAUCUGUGGUUUUUUACGGUAUUAGGGUAUGAUUAAGGGGUCUUGAUAGGCAUUUUCAUUUGAUAUAGAUACAAAUAUCAACAUAUUAAACGCAACCAAAA